AUUGUGCCAGCCGAGGACAUUUCCAUCUCCAGCACCCAGCACACAGUAGAGGCCGGGCUCAAGGGCACCAUGGCCGCCAAGCAGCCCCCGCCCCUCAUGAAGAAACACAGCCAGACGGACCUUGUGAGCCGCCUGAAGACCAGGAAGAUCCUGGGCGUGGGCGGGGAGGAUGACGAUGGAGAGGUGCAUCGUUCAAAGAUCAGCCAGGUCUUGGGAAAUGAGAUCAAGUUUGCUGUCCGGGAGCCUCUGGGGCUCAGGGUCUGGCAGUUCCUCUCCGCUGCACUCUUCUCCGGCAUCGCCGUCAUGGCCCUGGCCUUCCCCGAUCAGCUCUAUGAUGCCAUCUUUGAUGGAGCUGAAAUCACCAGCAAGACCCCCAUCCGUCUCUACGGCGGCGCGCUCCUCAGCAUCUCCCUGAUCAUGUGGAAUGCACUCUACACAGCCGAGAAGGUCAUCAUUCGGUGGACACUGCUCACAGAGGCUUGCUACUUUGGGGUGCAAUUCCUGGUGGUCACUGCCACGGUCGCCGAGACAGGCCUCAUGUCUUUGGGAACCCUGCUGCUUCUGGCCAGCCGCCUCAUUUUCGUCGCAGUCAGCAUUUACUACUAUUACCAAGUGGGCCGGAAACCCAAGAAAGUCUAGCAGGGCGGGGAUCUGCCUGCGGCCCGGCCAGGGUGGCUCCAGGGCCUUUGGCCUCUUUUGGCUUCCUGAAAGGUCAGAGGCUCUGCCCCCAGCCAGCCCCAGUCAGGUGGGCCUCCCUCUUUCUGCUGGUUUGGAGACAGGUGGCUGCACCCCAUUCUUUGCCCUGUGCAGGAUCCCGGCCCCCAUUUGCUGGGCUCUCUGGGCCUCCCUACCCCCUGAAAGCUGCUGAGUGGCUAGCAGUGUCCUCGGAGUGGGCUGAGCCGAGGCCCAGGCCUCCUCUGCCAGGAAGCCCGCUGGACAGAGAGCUCCCGAGCCCCCUGCCCCCAGCCAGCCUGGAGCCGGAAUGGCUGAUCUUGGCUUCUUUCCAAGCCAGAAGUCUGAGAAUCUGACCUUGUGCCCCAGCCAGGGGCCCUGUGCACCCCAUGCACACAUGUGCGUGCGACACACACACACACACACACCCCUUCCCAUGGCCACUGAGGGCUGACAGGCAGGCAGAGGCCAUGUUUUGGAGCCUGAGCCUCCUUUGGCCUUCCUGUGAGGAUUACCACCCAUGGCCUGCACACCUGUGCUCUCCCAGGCCCUGGCUGUGGGGCACCCUGCUGGGGGCGGGCUGCCCUCCCUUAGGCCUUUGACCCUUCCCUAACCUGGCCCCUGGCACGUGGAUGUGGAGAGCCCCAGCGGGAAGCUGUGUAGGAGUGAGGGACUCAGAGGGGAGCAGGGGGGGAGCAAUGGCUGUCCCUUUGCCCGCCCCCCCCAGCAUGUCCUCCAAGGCUGUCAGCCCUUCCUGCCCUCCUUCCUCAGGGGGAGUCUAGUCUCUGGACCCCCUAGGCUGCCCCACUGCCUCUUGGGUAGGCUUUGUGCAGAAGUAGUUGGGACCAGUCCCCUCCGGUCACUCCCCUGUCCCAGGGACACCCAGAGGCUGGCAGUGAGCUCGGAGCUAAGGCUCCCAGCCCGACUUGCAGGCCACCAGCUGCUGUGCAAGACUCACCCUCGCACCUCCUCCCUUACAGCACUGGAGAGGAAUAGUGUGGGGUCAGGCAUGUGAGGCAGUGCGCAGGUCAGGCUAGCCAUUCCCUGCCAAGCACAAGGGACCCGCACUGUGAAGGAAAGCCUGCUUUUUGCUGCCAUCUGGCUCUUGCCCCUGAGCCCCCGGCAGGCCAAGCCCAUGGCCUGUGAUGGCACUGGGGAGGGAUGCCUGUAUCCCCACCCCAGCCAUGUCUGCCUGUCUCCACUGGCUGCUCCUAGGCAGGGGGCAGUGCCUUGUCCUCCCCUAGCGGGCAUGCGGUGGACUCCCCGGGGGUCAGGCAGGAGGCGGAGAGCUGCAGCUGGGCCUUGGCACCUGGCAGUGCAGGCCAAGCCACUCAGUGUGGAUGGGGUAGAGGCUGGCCUCAGCUGGGUGGCCAGGCUACUCGGGGACAGAGCUGUCAGAUGGCGUUUGGCAGGCAGAUGUGCAGCUUGUGGGGGUCAGUUAGGGAAGGCACAGGAGUUGGGGAGCCCCGGGUACCCCUCCACAAAGCCCCUCGUGCCCUCUCCCACCUUGGCUCAGCUCCAUCCACAAAGCAAGGCCACCUUUGUUCACGGUCACUCUAUUUAUUCCUCGUUCCUUUUUCUUUUUGUAAGAAACAGUCAUAAAAACCAGUGCAAAACCAU